AUGAACAUGGAUGAGAUGUAUUGCCAAGACAACAAUCAUGACCGCCACAAGAGGAAAGUCGCACCCAUAACUACAGCAAAGAGGAAUCCUGCAACACUGCCCCCUGUUGUACGAAGUUCUGGGACUAUAUAUUGGUUCGUUAUGACCAUUUGUGCUGAGGAGAUGCGAGAUCUUGCUGUAAAUCUUGGAGAUGAGCGCACUAAAGAACGUAUGAAAGAUCUACUAUGUGAUCUGGAAAGGUCAGACAUCAUGUUGGGCAAGUCUUACCGCGUUGUGGAAAAGAAGAGGGACAACGUCCUUGAGGACGCAAGAAGUCCAGUGUCUUCUCCAAUCAAAAGGCUCGAGUUGCGUUUCGAGACAUCAGACGUUUCGGAUGAUGAAGAGGUAUAA